AUGGAUGACAACAGCGUUGACUCUGUUAGCAGCCCUAGUGGCUCUAUCAAGGGUAGUCACGGCGAUUCCCGACGUCCCAUGAAGUACCAGCGUCAACCCAUAGGCCAGUUUCGAGAGAUGAACUCGUUAAGCUCUUUUGAUAUUCUUCAAAAAUUAGGUCAAGGAACUUUCGGAGUGGUACAAAAAGCCCAAGAAAAGAAAACGAAAAGGAUCGUAGCGCUUAAACAACUCAUCAACCACUCAGCAAAGGAAGGGUUUCCUAUUACAGCUAUGAGAGAGAUCACCAUUCUCAAAAAAUUGCAUCAUGAAAAUGUCAUCGAAAUCAUCGAUAUGAUAUACGAAAGUCCCAAGGUUCUGAAUAACCAGGAUAUGUUACACCAUCGCGGAUGCUUUUACACGGUGUGUCUGUACAUGAGUUCAGACUUGGUGGGUCUACUAAAGAAUCCUCGUGUUACAUUUACUGUACCUAUCAUCAAGGGCAUCAUUGUCCAGCUACUCAAUGGAAUACAAUAUGUCCACGAACAGAAAUAUUUGCACCGAGAUAUCAAGGCUGCAAACAUACUUAUAGAUAACCAUGGCGUUGUCAAGAUCGCUGACUUUGGUUUGGCCCGAUUAUACCAUGGACCCAUUCCUGCUGUUGGCCAGGGUCCAGGCGGAGGAGAACGCAAUUAUACUGCACUUGUGGUGACCCGAUGGUACCGUCCGCCCGAAAUUCUCUUGGGGGAGAGAAAGUACACCACCGCGGUGGAUUUAUGGGGAGUUGGAUGUGUUUUCGGCGAAUUAUUCACACAUAAUCCCAUCUUGGUUGGCAAGAGCGAUGCCCAUCAAGCUCAGCUAAUUUUCCAGUUGGUGGGUCCUCCUGAUCUCAAGACGUGGCCAGAGGCUGGCUCCCUCUCCAACAAGUCACUGCUAUCCAUUGGACUUACUUGCAAGCGAACUCUAGAAGACCAAUUUGCACCCAUUAUCAAGGACAAUUUGGGGGUCCAAUUUUUGUCAGGAUUGCUCACAUUGGACCCUUACAAGCGUAUGAAUGCUCUCGAUGCCCUAGAUCACCCCUACUUAAACUCAGACCCACUUCCCUUACGUCCACACGAAAUGCCACAAUUCGAAGAGUGCCAUGAAAUCGACAAGGAAAGUUUCAAAAACGGUACUUUCCGCAACCCCUCCAAGCCUCCUCCACAGCCACCUCAUACCCAUACGGCGUUUCCUAGGCGCCCAGACAACGGUUACGAUUUCCACCAUGGCACCAAACGGCGCUAUGACUCGGCGCCAAUUCCGGCACGACGGGCCGUGUCGUCGGAAGAGCGGCUGCAAUCGGCAUUUUCAAAACGGCAUCGCGGAACCGACAACGGAAGCGCAACUCUGCUGCAAAGUAAGGAUACCGACGAAACGUCCAAAUCCAGCGCCAAGAACUUUAGCAUGAUGUACUAA